GCCAUUAGAAACUUCGCCAGGCGUGUAAAGGAGGACAUGAUCAUCAAUUGCAACUUCCCACGUCCCUAAUCGUUGGCAUUAUUUUCUCUCCUCUUUUGCGCCAACUCUCUCUCUCUCCUGCGCAUCUCUUCACUUCUUCAACCCUUCCUCACCAGCCUUUAUCCCUUUCAUCACCCUCGUUGCAUCCUUGCUCGAGUUCAUGCUGGCUGCCUUUCACGCGACUGCUCCUCCCCUUUCUUCACCGUCCGCUUGUCUUGUUCCUUUGGUUUGAAUCACAAUCAAACAAAGGCCACUCGAGUUAAGUACAGAAGCAUCCUUUCAACUGCUGGGAAGGAGAACGGAUAUCGGGAUCACCCUGAAGGCGUUGUUUUGAUCAACUUCACCUCUUCCUACCACCGCAUUCACUCUCCUACGCGAGAAAAAAAAAACCACUCACACCUCGCCCACCAUUCUACCUACCUGCCUCCUUUCCUGCACCUGCGGCAUCUUGAGAGCAUAGCGUCUUCCUCAUCCUCAGUCAAUCCUAGCACGAAGCUCCUGAACACAACCCUUCUCAAGUCUCUGUCGCUCAACUUUGGCAUCCUACACCCUCUGCACCUGCAAGCAAGUUUUCUUUCGACAUCCCCGGUGUACAUAAAUCAGUCUAUCAAGAGAAAACAAAAUUAAUAAGGAUUCUGAACACAAUAUUCCGUCCACUUGGGUGAUAUUUGAAAGUCACACGACAUGUCUGCAUCACCCACAUCCACAACCGCAAUGUCCUCAGCAAAGCGACCCCUGGAAGACCCCUCUUCUCCAUCCGCCCCAACUGACCUCCCAGAAGCCAAGCGUCCAGCACUUGACAAAGUUGUUAAGGAAGAGGCUGCCCUGGAAGGAGUCGAGCCCAAAGAUGGUUCCGUCGCUGAAGAUACAAAGUCAAAGGAAAUUCAAGGACUCCCAGCACCCGUGACCAACGGCGAUGCCGACAAUCAUACAGAAACAGCAGACUCUUCUGCGACCAAUGGAUCUGCAACACUGCCCCCUGCAGAUGCUUUGCCACUCCCGCCUUCCACAUCGCAGAUUGAUCUUGCCGGCUCUCAGGCGUCAACAACAGCAACCCAAGACGAGUCUCAGUGGAUUCAUAUUCGUGCGGUUAUUUCCAGUGCCGAAGCCGCCACUUGUAUUGGUAAAGGUGGUGAAAAUGUAACACAGAUCCGGAAGCUUUCGGGUGCAAAAUGCACAGUAAGCGACUAUUCUCGUGGUGCUGUCGAACGCAUCUUGACCGUCAGCGGAGCUCAAGAUGCUGUUGCCAAAGCCUUUGGACUAAUCAUUCGUACUCUUAACAACGAACCUCUUGAGGCACCCUCUACCGCACAGUCGAAGACGUACCCUCUACGCCUAUUGAUCCCCCACAUCCUCAUUGGAUCCAUCAUUGGAAAAUCUGGGGUCCGCAUUCGUGAAAUCCAAGAAGCAUCUGGUGCUCGUCUUAACGCCUCUGAUUCAUGCUUACCACUCUCCACUGAACGUUCUUUGGUGGUGUUGGGUGUGGCAGAUGCUGUGCACAUCGCGACAUAUUAUGUCGCUGUGACUCUUGUUGAGCAGCUGACUGAACGUUUCGGUGGCCCUGCCGCCUCUGCCUAUGCUACCAGAAGUGGUGGCCCUGCUGGUGUCGUGCCAGGAGGAAUGCAAGUUGUGCCAUACGUCCCACAACCCGCUGGUGGCCAGUAUGGUCAUCCAGACAUGUAUAAGCGACACAACACUCACCCCCCUCAGCGUGUGCCACCACAACCUUAUGGUGCUCCUCAGAUGCACAUCCCUCCCCAGCAACCAUAUCCUGCUCAAGGAACACCAUAUGCUGCCACCCCUCGAACACCCAGUUAUGGAGGCAUGCCUCAACAGCCCGCGCCAUAUGGACAAAUGCCGCCUCAGCCAGGUCCACAUGGACAACCCGCCCAGCCAGCUCAUGCCAUGCCCGGACAGCCCAUUACACAGCAAAUUUUCAUUCCCAACGACAUGGUUGGAGCCAUCAUUGGCAAAGGUGGCGCCAAGAUCAACGAGAUCCGACACCUUAGUGGUAGUGUGAUCAAGAUCAACGAACCGCAGGACAACAGCAAUGAGCGCUUGGUCACUAUUACUGGUACACAAGAGUGCAACCAAAUGGCCUUGUACAUGCUUUACUCCAGGCUAGAAAGCGAGAAGCAUCGUAUUUGAACGGCCGCCUGAUAUUUUCCUACAUUCACAACUCAUAUUCCAUGUGUCAAAGUCUUGCGAAAUUGGGAUGGAUGGCCGAACAAGAUUGAUUGAACGUUUGCUCUUCGGCCUCUCGCAGGCAUUUGAGACAAUUGUCCGUAGAAAACUAGCAGCGAGUUGUUGCUAGUCAAUGCUGUAACUAGACUCGAGCGAGUCAAUUAAUAUCCUGUAUGAUCGUGGACAGGGAUACGAUCCUGAAGUGCGUCUGCGUAUUUUCCUCAAGUUCUUUGGUACUACCCCAGGUACCUAAGGUACUUCGGACCCAACGACCAUUCUCUACAAUCUUGUCGGUUGUCUUCAUGGGCGGAUGGAUUGCGGGGAAAAUAAUAGCACCACAUUCUGUACACAUUUGCAGAGGUAUUGAAUCCCACAAAAAUGGAGACUUGGGCAAAG